CCAGGGAUGCCUCGUUACUGUGCGGCCACCUGCUGCAGGAACCGAGCCGGCCAGAGCGCCCGAGACCAACGCAAGCUCAGCUUCUACCCAUUUCCUCUCCAUGAUAAAGAAAGAUUGGAGAAAUGGUUACGGAACAUGAAGCGUGACACUUGGAUUCCCAGCAAACACCAGGUCCUCUGCAGUGACCAUUUCACACCAGACUCCCUUGAUGUGCGAUGGGGUAUUCGAUAUUUGAAAACGACUGCAGUGCCAACUAUUUUUUCGAUGCCCGAUAAUCAGGAAAAAGGACUCUUCCAGAAAAAGGUACAGGAAAAAAGAACAGAGGAUGUCAAAGAAAACCCCCUGAGGAGUACAGCAGCUACUUCUUUAAAACCUUGUUCACCAAAGAGGAAUAAUAUAAUUGAAGAAAGGCUUUAUAGGAAAGCACUUUGCACAACUUUAAGCAAGUCUUUUGAACAGAAAACACCACUUCAGAAUGAAGUUAAAUCUGAAGACAUCGUCGUAUAUCCUGAUAAUUCCAUUAGGCAGACUUUUGAGCAAACAAGCCCUGUGGUAAUAGCAACUGAUGUACAGACUGUAGCAACCAGUGAUUCUUGCACCCCAGAAAACAUGAGCUUUAACAAAGCUGUAGAGCAUCUCUUCAGUGGUACAACCACAGUUUUGCAAGCUACAGUUCACAAUCUUCAAUCAUGUCUUGAGUGCGACUCAGAUCCUAAAGCCACAGUUUUGCAGCCUUUAGAUUUUAAACACUUGGAUCCAUCUCUGGAAUUCAGUAAUGUGACUGUACCCAUUAAUGCCCUUCCACCUGAUCAACUAGGGUCUUGCAUGGCACGCUGUACAGUGGAAGUCAAGCCAUCUGGUGAAAACUCAUUGUUGCUCCAUACCGUGUCCCAAGCUUUGGAACAGCUUAGUGGGGAUGAAGGGUCUAUUAUCACCAUAAUUGUUCCUUCAGAGGAUUCAAAAACCCCUUUGUUGCUAGAGGGCUCAAUUGUGCCAGUGGACCAGGAAUUAAUUGACAUUGAAGCUGGAGUGUCUAUGUGCGUCACCAGUGAUGGUGGUCUUGAAGUGCUACAGAUGGAACAUUCGUAUUGUAGGCAAGAUGUAGACAGGGAGCAACUCUGGCAAAAAAUUACAAAGCUGCACUCAAAAAUAGCACUUUUAGAAGUCCAGGAGCGGAAAACUUUAGGCAGACUCAAAUCCCUGGAAGCACUUAUUGCCAAGCUGAAGCAGGAAAAUCUGCUUUCCGAAGAAAAACUUAAGAUUGUGGAAAACUGUUUCACAACCUUCGAAGUGACUAUGAUACAAUAAAAGCUUUAAAGUAAUGGUUUCAACUAA